GAGCUAGGUCUACUUACGCAGCGUCUGAAGUUUAACAACAAACAAGGAAGAACAUGACUGCUGGGUAUAACUUUAUCUCUUGCAGUGAAAAUGUGGAUAAUUUUAUCGUGAAUAAAAUCAGACUUCUCUUCUAAAGCGACAGCAGGUUUAGCUGUCCUCACUGAAGCAGACAAACACCAUGCUUGUGGAAGAUCUACAGCGUACGUCGCUGUUAUCGCACAUCAUUUUGGCCUUGACUGUCUUUGUUGCCGUGUACUGUGUCUACGCAUUUCACAAACGCCAGGAUUAUUCAAAUAUCCCACCCGGUCCAAAACCAUGGCCGAUAGUGGGCAACCUUGGUGGCUUUCUGAUACCUUCAUUCGUGUCGAAGAGAUUCGCAGGCAAACAUGAUGUAAACGUCCCCAAGAAAACAAUAAUGUCUCCGCAGGUUGGCUUCAUGGAGCAAGCCAAAGUGUAUGGGAACAUGUACAGUAUUUUUGUCGGUAGUCAGCUCGUGGUCGUGCUGAACGGUUAUGAUGUCGUCAGGGAUGCUCUCUCCAACCAUGCCGAUGUGUUCUCCGACAGACCGGAUAUCCCCGCCAUAUCUAUAAUGACCAAGCGCAAAGGGAUAGUUUUCGCACCUUACGGGCCAGUGUGGCGACAACAGCGGAAGUUCUGCCACACCAAGCUCCGGAGCUUCGGCUUCGGCACGCUGAGUUUGGAGCCCAGCAUCCUGCAAGGUCUCGCCAUGGUCAAAUCUGAACUUCUCCGCCUUAACGACGGAUACGAGGGCGUGGACUUAACCCCGAUGAUCAGCAACGCCGUGUCGAACGUUAUCUGUUCGGUUAGCCUCGGGCAGCGCUUUCACCACGAGGACCAGGAGUUCCGGAUGCUUCUGGACCUGAUGGCGCGAGGGCUCGAGAUCAGCGUCAACAGUGCCGCCGUUCUCAUCAACGUCUUCCCUUUUCUUUACCACUUCCCAUUCGGCGUGUUCAGAGAACUACGGCGAGUGGAAAGCGACAUAACCGCGUUUCUCAAGAACAUCAUCGUCAGGCACAAGGAGACACUAGACCCUGCCAACCCACGGGAUUUGAUAGACAUGUACUUGGUGGAGAUACAAGCCCAGGAGUCUUCUGGAGAGAGAGAGACUAGCUUCUCUGAGGACUAUCUUUUCUAUAUCAUAGGGGACCUGUUCAUAGCAGGCACAGACACCACCACCAACUCCAUAUUGUGGAUCCUGCUCUAUAUGGUGCUGUACCCGGAAGUUCAAGAGCGGGUGCAGGCAGAGAUGGACCAGGUGCUGGGUCCAGGCAGGCCUCCGUCCCUGAGCGACAGGGGCAGGCUGCCCUACACGGAGGCCACCAUCAUGGAGGUGCAGAGGAUGACUGUGGUGGUCCCGCUGGCCAUCCCACACAUGGCCUCCCACACCACAGAGUUCCGAGGUUACACCAUCCCCAAGGGGACGGUGAUCGUCCCCAACCUGUGGUCGGUGCACAGGGACCCUGCGGUCUGGGACCAGCCUGACCUCUUCAACCCCGGACGCUUCCUGGAUGACCAGGGGAGGCUACACAGAACAGAACACUUCAUGCCCUUUGGAAUAGGCCGCAGAGUGUGUAUGGGGGAGCAGCUGGCUAAGAUGGAGCUGUUCCUGAUGAUCACCAGCCUCCUCCAGGCCUUCCGCUUCAGUCUCCCCCCAGGGAAGCCCCCCCCCUCCCUGGACGGCCGCUUCGGCCUCACCCUGGCCCCCGGCCCCUACACCGUGUGUGUCGCCCCCAGACACUAGCGGCUGCCUAGUGACAGGAAAUGCUUGGGUUGUCAUCGAAUGCAUACUGAAUGUGUGUGAGUGUGAGCGUGUUAUUAUGUGGAAUACCAUGCUACACUUCCCGUGGGACUGUCCAGUCAAAAUCCCGCGUGAUCUGGGUAGCCAGGACUCCAGGAUGAGUUGCUGGUAAACAGCGACUCAAUCGGGGAGCUCGACCAAUCGGGGAGCUCCACCAAUCGGGGAGCUCGACCAAUCAGGGAGCUCCACCAAUCAGUGUUGGUCGACAUAAUUGACUGAAGCUGCUAAUAAGAUUCUGUUUUAAUUUUACACCAACUUGCUCCUAAAAAGUGUUCUUAAUGUAUUAUAUGUAAUAUUUUUCAGACUAAUUCAGCAUUUGCUGCUUACCCAAAGAUAGUAUUAAUUAAAAAGGGGCAUUUUGUGUAAUUUUGUAGAUGCUCUUAUAUUAAAAAACAAUGCACUUCUUUUAAACAUGACUUUUUAAGAUGUGUAACUGAAUAAAUGAUUUAUCAUUGUAGUA